AUGUCAGAGGGCGGUGAAAACGGUAACGAGGCGCUGGCCGGGGCGGCGCAGGAGGACGUUGAUGCGGAACCAGAGAGAGAGGCCAUCAUAGCGAUGGCCCAAGCUGUGGAAAUCGCAUACGAAAGCGACGAUGAUAAUGAUGAUGAGGCAGCCGCAGAAGAGGCAGGAGCAGAGGAGGAUGCCAUGAGCGGUGGUGAUGCGGAAGCCGCUGAGGAAAACGAGAGCGACAGCAGCCCCCCCGCCGACGAUGCCUUUGGUAAUCAAGAAGAAGACACAGCCGCCGAUAGGCGCUCGUCCACCAAGAAAGAGCUGACGCAAAUCAUCGACCGCUGGGAGCAGCAGCAGACUCAAAGUGGCUACGAUCCCGUGCCCACUCUGAAGAGUCUGGCGGAGAUUUUUGAGCGCGGGAAGGACGCCUACAUGCGCAAGGAUCCGGAUCCCUUGGACUCGAGGCAUCCAUAUCGCGCCGAUCCCAGCUGUCAGUAUGGGCUGCUCCUCAAGUUGCUCUUCCGCAAAGAUGUGUUCAUGGGGAAGUUGCUAAACGACUAUCUGCGCGAGAACUACUUCAGUCGCCAGACCAUCAGUCGCAGCUCCCUGGAGCUGAACAUCCUGGCAUGCCGCCUCAUCCUGGAGAUUAUGCCAGGUCUGGAGACAACUGCCGUCUUCCAGACAGCCAACGACGAUGGCACCAUCAAUCGCAUCUACAGCUGGGCGGACGACAGCAUCGAGCCGCUCCAGAGCUAUGCCACCGGACUUCUUGCCGAGGCCAUGGAGGUCAGCGACACUGCGAUCAACUAUCGCGAUCAGAACAUGCGCCUGGUACCCAAGAUGAUCAAGCGCCUGCACAUGCUUCUAGCCAUAAGCAAAAGCGCCCCAGCGGACCACCCAUCGGCGCUAAACUAUUCAGCCGACAGCAGCGCCUCUGGUGGACUGCUCUGUUGGAUGGCCUGCGGCAACGGAGCGUCGGCUCCGCAGUCGCCACAGCACAACGGAAGCGGCAUUGCGAGUUCAAACCAUGGCGAUGCCUCCAACAUGUCGAUUUUCUUCGAGAACAGCCGCGAUGCUUUCAACAAGUCGCGCUACUACAAGCGGAUGUACAUACCGCUGCACCCGCCAACGGCCGAUGCCAGCCAAAAACUGAUCAUGCGCUUCCUCACCAGCCUCGGCGAGUAUCAGGAGUUCCUGGCCAUGGCCUUCGAGAACAACGUGAUGCAGCUGAUAUUCGGCUAUCUGGAGAACCUGGAUCGCCGCGACACUUGCCUCGCUUACGAGCUGCUGCUGAAAGUACCGCGCCCUAGUCUGGCCGCCACGGGCGUGUCCAUUGCCAUUUACUAUCUGGCGUACUGCGAGGACACUUUGAACGAACUCCUAAAUGGAGGCAGAUUGAGCUAUUCUGUUGUGAUAUUGCAGAUAUCCGUGCUGAAGAUACUCGAUCUCAGCCAGAAUGACAGCGACAACGAUUCGGAUAUCAACGAUGAUGUGGAGUGCGCCUCCCGCCAGAUGGUGCGUCACGUGUGCGUGGCCCUCAAGCGCUAUAUGGAGGCGCAUUUCUUCUUCAAGUACAACAGCUUCCUCUCGCAGCACUAUGCGACCUCCACCUCUCCCUCGUCGGCGCACUACUUCAACCAGAACCCCACUGUGGCGGCCAAACUCACCUUCGACCAGUUGCACGAGCAGAUUCGCACACUCCAGGAGCACACAUCGAUCCGCGGCCACUGGCAGCCCGUGGACCAGCUGAUGAAGCUGGGCGGCAUCUCAAUGCUGCUGCGAAUCAUAUCCUUCAGCUACGACUGGUUGAACAGCGGCCGCUCGGAGACGGUGGCAUUGGAUGCGCUAAGCGUGUGCUGUGUGAUUCCCCGUGUCUAUGUGGUGCUGUGCGAGCGCAUACAGAUGCUGGACAAGACGACCACCUUGGGCUUCUGCUCUGUGCUGGGAGCGGCAGCCGGAGAAAUCACCUCCGACGCCGAGGUGCUGAAGUCGGCUAUGGCCGUGCUCUGCCACUGCGUCUGCUCGCCGAUCAUACGCAAGGACAGCGGCAGUAGCCUGAUCAAGUUUGGCAGCUCCUCUAAAAGGAACAAGGCCAACCACAAGUAUGCCGAGGAGCUGAUCGAGAAGGUGUGGGAGUCAGUCUGCUCCAACAAUGGGAUUGUGGUCCUGCUCUCCCUGAUGCAGACCAAGGGCCCCAUCACAGAUGCGGACUGCAUCAGAGGAAUGGCCUGCCGAGCUCUGGCCGGUCUGGCCAGAUCAGACCGCGUCAGACAGAUCGUCAGCAAGCUUCCACUGUUCGCCGGCGGGCAGCUGCAGUGCCUGAUGAGGGAUCCCAUUCUGCAGGAGAAGAGAGCCGAGCAUGUGAUCUUCCAGAAGUACGCCCUCGAGCUGCUCGAGCGCGUGUCGGGCAAGACCAAGGCGCUGAACAAUCCGCUGGAUCCGUCGCUCUCCAACAUGCACAAGGCAAACGUGAUUGCCCAGACCCGCAUCCAGUACAACGAGCAGCAGCUCUACCAGCUGAUCUUCGAGCACCUGGAGAGCAAGGGCCUCUCGCAGACCGCCCAGAUGCUGCAGCGCGAGGUGGGGCUUCCGCUGCAGACUCCCAUCACCAGGAGUUUCCAUCAGUCGCCGUUCGACUACAAAGCUCUCUCCAGCGGCAGUUCCAUUUCCAGGAGUCGCCUAAGGAGCCGCAUGCAGGACGUGAAUGCGGCAAUCAUGUCGAAUGGCGAGAUGAAUCGGAGUUAUAACGAGGACUCGCCCUACGGCGGGGCUAGCACCUCCACAGCCAACAUACCCAACUUUAGUAGAAUCUCCGUCCAAACGCCGAUCAAGAUACGGAGGACUGAGCGCUCCAUCAGCUCUGUGGGCCGCUCCAUACAGAAGCAGAUUGCCGAGCCCGGCUGUAGCGCUAUCGGUGUGCCGGAAGACUUCGCCUCCUCGGUUCCCAUACACCCGAAGCGGGUGACCCUCAACACGAUCGUGACGGAGUAUCUAACCAACCAGCACUCGCUAUGCAACAACCCGGUGACGACCUGCCCGCAGUUUGAUCUGUACGAGCCGCACAAGUGCCCCGAUCCACGGCCCAGCCGCCUGCUCAGCUCAAACUACAAUCUGACGAGUCGACACUUCCGCACCCAGGCAGGCUUCACCACGGGACGCUUUGACCGGCGGUAUGUACACACGCACUUCUCUCCCUGGCGCACCAUUCGGUCGGCUGAGUACGAGGAUCUGGAGUUCACCUGCUGCGACCUCGUGGGCAAGUACAUCAUCGUGGGCACCCAGCAGGGCGAUGGUCGGGUCUUCAACAUCAACGACGGCGUCGAGCAGUUCUACUCCAACUGUCACAACUUCAGUGUAGAUGCGAUCAAGGCCAACCGAGCUGGAGACCUGGUCAUCACAUCGAGCCUCUGGCGCACUCCCACCAGCAUCCUAUGGUCCAUUGCGGACAACGAGUUCAAGUUGAAGCUGACUCUAUCCGAUGUCACCUACUGCGAGUUCAGUCAGACCUCGCAGGACCGCCUCUUGGGUACACAGAACGAGUGUGCCACGCUCUUCGACAUCAACACGGGCUCCAAGCUGUCCACCUUCACCCCCACCAUACCCAACCAGUAUACUAAGAACCGGGCCACGCUUUACCGCACCGACGAACUGGUUUUGACGGAUGGUGUGCUCUGGGAUGUUCGUUCCGGCAAGGAAAUCCACAAGUUUGACAAAUUCAAUCAGUGUAUAUCCGGAGUCUUCCAUCCAAACUGCCUGGAGAUUAUAUCCAACACUGAGGUGUGGGACCUGCGCACUUUCCAUCUGCUGCAGACGGUGCCAGUUCUGGAUCAACGCAAUUGCACGUUCUCGCCAAUGCAUGUGAUUUAUGGGGCCAGCCAGGGAACGGACAGGGACCACGACAUGGAUACCACCACCUAUGAUACGAGCUUCAACGUGCUUGACGCCUACGACUACUCGAGCAUAGCCACCAUCGACGUGAAGCGGAACAUCAAUGACCUGAGCGUCAGUGAUUGCCGUGGUCGAGGACUACAGUGGCUACGAAUCGAAGCAGGAGACUUAUGUGAAGAUCUAUGCGGUUGGCGUGAAAAAGAGCGAGCGAUCGGAAGAGGAAGAUGAUGAGGAGGUGCCCGAAUCUGAUGAGGACGGCUCCGAUACGGGUUCC